GGCAGGAAAUCAUGGAUCUGGGACUCCUGAGACUCAUGGAUUUGCCACAGGGCAAAAACAAGGCCCUUCGGGGAAAUCAAAGAAGUAGUUUCAUGCCAGCCACCCGACGCCAGCGAGAGUUCAUGCCGGAAGAGAAGAAAGAUACCACAUACUGGGAGAAGAGGCGCAAAAAUAACGAGGCAGCUAAGAGAUCCCGGGAGAAGCGGCGCUUAAAUGAUGUGGCCGUGGAAGGAAGACUGGCCGCUCUCAAGGAGGAGAAUGCUUUGCUGCGGGCUGAGCUGAUGGCUCUCAAGCUUCACUUUGGCCUUCUGAGCCCUGGCACCCCCCAUACCCUCCAGGCCUUGCUGUGGCGGUGCCCCUGGUCAGCUUCCCGGGGUCCUGAGGGGAAACUAGGCCAACCAGAUGGAGACUCCUUCAGGUCAGGCAGCUCAGGGCCCAAGGAGUUAGUCUGGAGGGAUUCUGGUAGUUCCCACAAGAUGGUGGGCUUGGGCUCCCCAGGGCUCUCCCAUGAGCUAUCAGUUCCAGACCCCAAAAGUCUAGACUCAGCUGUCUGCUCUCCAGCUUUCUUCAGCUGCCACCUGCUGGGUGGGCAUACCACCCACCUGCCUCUGCUGGACCCUGGACCCAGGUGGGGACCAUGGCCUCCAGUGCCAACUGGGCAGGAAAAGAGUUCUGGGCAUUGGGUCUUGGGUAACAAUGAUGGACCCUUGGUGGCAAAGUCUGCUUCUGGGGCACCAUCCUCUGGAACAUCCUACCCCUAUCCUGUGGACAAAUGGAAAAUUACAGCUCAGUCCUCUCUGCCUCAUAAACUUCGGAUCAAAUCCCGGGUUCUGGCAGACUGGGAGGACAGUCCUUCCAGUUCUCUCUGAGAUUCCCUGAUAAGGGAGAGAGGGGAAGGAUAAGGGGCCUGAGAAUGGUGGGGAUGGCAGAUAGAGGAGAGAAAAAUAGAACGAGGAGGCAGAAAUCUAGGUGACUCCUAUAGGUGUGCCAGCAAAAGGAGACCUCCAUAUUCCCUCUUUCCCCCACAAGGUUUCCCUGGAGCACAACAAUUCAGAUUCUGUCCCAGUACCAAGGCAAUCAGUCCCUCAAAGCUGAAUGUCUUCCUGAUAGAUGGGACCCCAAAUCCCAGCCUACCACCAAAGAUGCCCCGUCUCAUUGAGUUAACAUGGGGGAAAAGCAUGGUAUAGUAGAAAGGGCACUCAUCUGGGAGUUAGCAGAGCCUUAGGUUCUGAUCCCAGUCUUCUGCCAUGUGACCACUUACCUCUCUACAUCUUCACCACCUUCAUCUGUAUAAUGGGGAUAAUUCCCUCACAGGAUUGUGGUAAAAAUCAGUUGGGAUUUUGCAGGCAUUGUGCAAACCUUACAGAUGGUGCUUGAACUGGGAGUCUGUGAACUUUGAA